UUCAAACUGGCCUCGUCUUGCACAAUGGCUGGCCACACUGGAGACAAGCUCAUCGCCCUCGAGGCUAGGGAAGGCACGGAAUGUGUCCGUCUCGCCGAAGGUAAAUCCUUUGGUGCUGAGAAGAGUGUAGCCGGCGAGCUGGUCUUCUCGACUGGCAUGGUCGGCUACGAGGAAUCCAUCACCGACCCUUCAUACAAAGGCCAGAUCCUGGUCCUCACCUACCCCCUCGUCGGCAACUAUGGUGUGCCCGACAGAGACGAAAUGGACCCCCUGCUCAAGGACCUCCCUGCUCACUUCGAGGCGUCGGAGAUCCACGUUGCUGGUCUGAUCGUUGCUUCUUACUGCGGCGAAGACUACUCACAUUACCUGGCCACCUCUUCAUUGGGCAAAUGGCUGAAGGAGCAAGGUGUGCCCGCCCUCUGUGGCGUCGACACCCGCGCCCUCACCAAGAUCAUCCGCGAGAAGGGUAGCAUGCUCGGCCGCAUGAGACUGCAAAAGUCUGGCUCCGGUGCUGCUGCUCCCAUCACCAAUGGCAUCACCCUCAGCAACGGCGAGACCGCCGAGAAGCCCGAGUUCGAGGAGGUCGAGUGGUCCAACCCUAACAACCAGAACUUGGUCGCAGAUGUUUCUAUCAAGGAACCCAAAGUUUACUCGCCCGAACCGUCAACUGCUCUGAAGCACCCCUCAGGCAGACCCAUUCGCAUUGUCUGCGUCGAUGUCGGUCUCAAGUACAACCAGCUGAGAUGCCUCGUCAAGCGUGGUGUCGAGGUCCAGGUCGUCCCUUGGGACUACGACUUCNNCCCCUCAUUGGCUGGAAAGGAGUACGAUGGUCUCUUCAUCUCCAACGGUCCUGGUGACCCGGCACUGAUGGAGAAGACUGUCAAGAACAUCCAGGCCAACAUCCGCGAAGCCAGAGUCCCCAUCUUCGGUAUCUGUUUGGGACACCAGCUUCUUGCCCGUGCUUCGGGUGCCGAGACUGUCAAGAUGAAGUACGGUAACAGAGGCCACAACAUUCCUUGCACAAACUUGAUUUCCGGCAAGUGCUACAUCACAUCGCAAAACCACGGUUACGCCGUCGACUCGCGAACCCUGACCCAAGACUGGUCUGAGCUGUUCGUCAACGCCAACGACGGCUCCAACGAGGGUAUUAGACACACCAGCCGCCCCUACUUCAGUGUCCAAUUCCACCCCGAAAGUGCUCCUGGUCCCCAGGACACCGAGUUCCUCUUCGACGUCUUCCUGGAUGCUGUCCAGAAGGUCAUCAAGGACUCCAGCAUGAUGCACCAGCCCAUCAAGUUCCCCGGUGGUGAUCUUGCUGAGAACCAGAAGGCCAACCCCAGAGUCCACGUCAAGAAGGUCCUGGUACUUGGCAGUGGUGGUCUCUCCAUCGGCCAGGCCGGUGAAUUCGAUUACUCCGGUUCGCAAGCCAUCAAGGCUCUCAAGGAGGAGGGCAUCUACACAAUCUUGAUCAACCCCAACAUCGCCACCAUCCAGACUUCCAAGGGUCUGGCCGACAAGGUCUACUUCCUGCCUGUCAACGCCGACUUUGUCCGCAAGGUCAUCAAGCAGGAGAAGCCUGACGGUAUUUACUGCACCUUUGGUGGUCAGACUGCUCUGUCGGUCGGUAUCCAGCUCAAGGACGAGUUCGAAGGUCUUGGUGUCAAGGUUCUUGGUACUCAGAUCGACACUGUCAUCACCACUGAGGACCGUGAGCUCUUUGCCCGUGCCAUGGAGUCUAUCGGCGAGAAGUGCGCCAUGUCCGCCUCCGCAAACAACAUGGAGGAGGCGAUGGCCGCUGGUAAGCAGAUUGGCUUCCCUCUGAUUAUCCGUGCCGCGUACGCUCUUGGUGGUCUGGGCAGUGGUUUCGCCGACAACGAGGACCAACUUCGCGAGCUCUGCAAUAAGGCAUUCGCUGCCAGUCCCCAAGUCCUCAUUGAGCGCAGUAUGAAGGGCUGGAAGGAAAUCGAGUACGAAGUCGUCCGUGAUUGCCAAGACAACUGCAUUACUGUCUGUAACAUGGAGAACUUCGAUCCUCUGGGUAUCCACACUGGUGACUCUAUCGUCGUUGCUCCUUCGCAGACUCUGUCCGACAAGGACUUCAUGAUGCUGAGACGCACUGCCGUCAACGUCAUCCGUCACCUCGGCGUUGUCGGUGAGUGCAACAUCCAGUAUGCUCUCAACCCUGACUCCAGAGAGUAUUGCAUUAUCGAAGUCAACGCUCGUCUGUCGCGUUCCUCUGCUCUCGCCUCCAAGGCCACUGGUUACCCCCUAGCAUUCGUCGCUGCCAAGCUUGGUCUCGGCAUUCCUUUGAACGAGAUUAAGAACACUGUCACCAAGGUCACCUGCGCCUGUUUCGAGCCUUCCCUCGACUAUGUCGUUGUCAAGAUUCCUCGUUGGGAUCUGAAGAAGUUCACUCGUGUCUCCACUCUCCUCGGCUCUGCCAUGAAGAGUGUCGGUGAAGUCAUGAGCAUUGGUAGAACAUUCGAAGAAGCCAUCCAGAAGGCUAUCCGUGCUGUCGAUGUUAGCAACCUCGGCUUUCAGGAGACCAGCGCUCUCAUGUCCAUCGACCAGGAGUUGCAGACUCCCUCUGACCAGAGAAUGUUCGCCAUUGCCAACGCCAUGCACUCUGGUUACACCGUCGACAAGAUCUGGGAACUGACCAAGAUCGAUAAGUGGUUCCUGAGCAAGCUUAAGGGUUUGAGCGAGUUCGGUAAGCUCAUGAGCACCAAGAAGGUUGGCGAGGUUCCCUCGUCGCUUUUCAGACAGGCCAAGGAGCUCGGUUUCUCAGACAAGCAACUGAGUAUCUUCUGGUCUACUAACGAGCAGACCGUCCGCAAGCACAGACUCGAAUACGACAUCAUGCCUGUUGUCAAGCAGAUUGACACAGUUGCAGGCGAGUUCCCGGCAUUCACUUCGGACGUUGAGUUCAACGACAAUGGCGUAAUGGUGUUGGGAAGCGGAGUCUACAGAAUUGGCUCCUCCGUCGAAUUCGACUGGUGCUCGGUCCGCACCGUGCGUACUCUCAGAGAGCAUUCGUACAAAACUGUGAUGGUCAACACCGUCUCCACCGAUUACGACGAGGCCGAUCGCCUGUACUUCGAGAACAUCACCCUGGAGACCGUCCUCGAUAUCUAUCAGCUCGAGAACUCCAGCGGCGUCAUUCUCUCCAUGGGCGGUCAGACUCCCAACAACAUCUCUCUGCCUCUUCACCGUCUCAACGUCAAGAUCCUUGGUACCUCCCCUGAGAUGAUCGACUCUGCCGAGAACAGAUACAAGUUCUCGCGUAUGCUUGACAGAAUCGGCGUCGACCAGCCUCAAUGGAAAGAGCUGACCAGCAUCGAUGAGGCUAAGAAGUUCUGUGAUGCCGUGUCUUACCCUGUACUCGUCCGUCCUUCCUACGUUCUUUCAGGAGCCGCCAUGAACACGGUCUACUCAGAGCACGAUCUUGCCAAUUACCUCAACCAGGCUGCUGAGGUUUCCAAGGACCACCCUGUUGUCAUCACCAAGUACAUCGAGGGUGCCAAGGAGAUUGAGAUGGAUGCUGUUGCCCGCAAUGGUACCAUGAUCGGCCACUUCAUCUCUGAACACGUCGAGAACGCCGGUGUUCACUCGGGUGACGCCACCCUGAUCCAGCCCCCUCAGGACUUGGACGCCGAGACCGUCAGACGAAUUGAAGAGGCUACCAAGAAGAUUGGUGAGGCCCUCAACAUCACUGGUCCUUACAACAUUCAGUUUAUCGCCAAGGACAACGAUAUCAAGGUCAUUGAGUGCAACGUCAGAGCUUCAAGAUCCUUCCCCUUCGUCUCGAAGGUCACUGGUGUCGACUUGAUCGAAUUGGCCACCAAGGCUAUGACUGGUCUUCCCCUCCAGGAAUANCCCCCUGUCACCAUGCCUAAGGAUUACAUCGGUGUCAAGGUUCCUCAGUUCUCGUUCUCGCGUCUUUCUGGAGCCGACCCCGUUACUGGUGUAGAGAUGGCUUCCACUGGUGAGGUCGCAUGUUUCGGUCGUACCAAGUACGAGGCUUACAUGAAGGCACUCGUCGCGACCGGCUUCCGCCUCCCCAAGAAGAACAUUCUUCUGUCUAUCGGUGCUUACAAGGACAAGCAAGAGUUGUUGCCUUCCAUCGAGAAGCUCCACAAGCUCGGCUACAGCCUGUACGCAACUGCUGGUACCGCUGACUUCCUUGAGGAGCAUGGAGUUCCUUGCAAGUUCUUGGAGGCUCUACAGGAUGACGAACAGAGAACCGAGUACUCGUUGACUCACGCUCUUGCCAACAACUUGAUCGACUUGUAUAUCAACUUGCCAUCAAGCAACCGCUUCCGUCGUCCUGCCAACUACAUGUCUAAGGGUUACCGUACUCGCAGAAUGGCUGUUGACUACCAGACCCCUCUGGUGACUAACGUCAAGAACGCCAAGAUUCUGAUUGAGGCUAUUGCUCGUGACUACGACAUGGCUAUCAGCAGUAUCGACUACCAGACCUUUGCCGAGCUUCCCUCGACCUCUCUGGAAGAGCCUGUUGCCAAGCAGACUCCCUCUCUUCAAGAACUCCUUCACAACUCUCCUUUCAAGGGCAGAGACAUCACCUCGGUCAACCAGUUCACGAGAAAGGAGUUGCAUCUUCUCAUGACUGUCGCUUCGGAGAUGCGUCUGGGUGUUGAGCGCGACGGUGUUCUUGAUAUCCUCAAGAACAAGCUUCUCUGCUUGAUGUUUUACGAGCCUUCUACUCGCACUUCAUCUUCCUUCGACGCUGCCAUGAAGCGUCUUGGUGGUCAGUGCAUUAUGAUCAACGAGUCCCACUCGAGCACUAAGAAGGGCGAGACUCUGUCGGACACCAUUCGCACUCUUGACCAGUACGGUGACGCUAUUGUCCUCCGCCACCCCGAGGAUGACAGCGCCGACGUUGCUGCUGAAGCUGCCGACCACCCCAUUAUCAACGCUGGUAACGGCUCCCGCGAGCACCCUACCCAGGCUUUCUUGGAUCUUUUCACCAUUCGUGAGGAGCUUGGUACCGCCAAUGGUCUUACCAUCACCUUCGUCGGUGAUCUCAAGUACGGCCGCACCGUGCACUCUCUUUGCGAGGUGCUCAAGCACUACAACUGCACGAUCAACCUCGUGGCACCCAAGCAGAUCGGCCUCCCCGAGAAGGUGCGCAGCGCCCUCCAAGGCCGCGGUCAACUCGGCGCCGAAUCUCACGAGCUGACGUCUGAGAUCGUUGCCCAAUCCGACGUCAUCUAUUGCACCCGUGUGCAGAAGGAGCGCUUCGAGGACCUGUCUCUAUACGAGCAGGUCAAGGAUGGUCUUGUUGUCAGCGCCGCUACCCUCAAGCACGCAAAGAAGAACAUGAUUGUCAUGCACCCUCUUCCUCGCAACUUGGAGCUCAGCCCCGAGGUUGACAACGACCCCAGGGCUGCUUACUUCAGACAGAUGAAGUAUGGCAUGUUCGUCCGUAUGGCUCUUUUGGCCUUGGUCAUGGCAUCAUAA